GGUUCAAACUAUACACAUAGAUAGCAAUAUUACUGGAGGAGCUUUCUAUAACAAUAGACCAUCACAUACAAUAUAUGAAUUUUCAGUAGACUCCGAUCCUGGAUAUAGUAUCGACGAAGUGCCUAGAAAUUUGAUUUAUUUGCCACUGACGACAUCAAGAAUAUACAAUAUAACUUUGAAAGUGCUCGAUCAAGAUUCUGAACUAGUUAACUUCAGGGGUGAGGAGAUAAUAAUACGAUUAGAAUUGAAAAAAUGGUCUUGAUAAUUAACUCAUCAUAUAAAUAUGCAGCCCCUACUCCAUCUAUACCAGUUGUGAAAAAUAAAUAUGCAGCCCCUACUCCAUCUAAACCAGUUGUGAAGAGAACGUGUAAGAAGCUGGGUGGAAAACUCACCGUGAAGAAUAAAUUAUUCCUAAAAUCUAUUGGACAUGCUAUCCAACAACACCUUUAACCUAUAUCAGCCAGUCAACAAUGACGAAUCAAUCACAAAAGUGGAGACAAGAACAUAUUUGCCGUUUGUAAAAUCUUUCGGCAAUAAUGAUACUAUUGAAAUAACCAUAAAUCGUGCUGAUACAUGGGUCCUUAUGCAUGAUGCAGCUCUCAUCAUUAAGGGAAAACUUCAAAAAACUGCUGGUAAUGGAACUGUUCAAUUAGUUUUGAAUGGGGGAGCUUUCCUUUUUGACACAAUCUCAUAUGAGUUACAUGGAACUGAAGUUGAUUCGGUACGAGAUCCAGGAUUAAUAAGUACAAUAAAAGGAUAUCUGUGUUACGAUAAAGAUUCUGUGAGGGAAUUGGAAACAGCUAGUUGGUCAUAUCCUGAUGAUCCUAAAAUAAACGCUGAUGGAAAUUUUGUAUUUAGAAUACCAUUAAGACAUGUAUUGAAUUUCUUCGACGAUUACCGUUUAGCUAUCUGUGGGAAGCAAACUAUUCGAUUGAUGAGAUCUCAAAAUGACAAUAAUGCUAUGAAAAUCACACCUGGUCCCGAGGAAACAGUCAAUGCUACAAAAGGCAAAUUUACAAUUGAUAGUAUCGAACUGAAAGUUAAACAUAUCUAUCCAAAUGAUGUAUUGAAGAUUGAAUUACUAGAAUCAAUGAAAUCAAAUAGAGCAAUAUUAUUUCCAUUCAGAAAAUGGGAAAUUCACGAAUUGCCAACUCUGACAGCGAACUCUCUAACAGAAAUAUGGAAUAUCAAAACCACUUCAAUUAUUGAUUAUCCUAGAUUCAUAAUAUGCUGUUUUCAGACAAAUAAGAAAAAUAAGAGUACUGAAAAUUCCACGUUAUUCGACAAUCUGGACAUCUCAAAUGUCCGUUUGCUACUGAAUGGUGAAUUCAUUCCUCAAGAAAAUUUAAGAUUGAAUUUCAAUAAAAAUGAUUAUGCAGAAGCAUACUAUAAUUAUACAGAAUUUUCAACAAGUUAUAAUAAUCUGAAAAUCAAUCCAAUAUUGCAAUAUUCAGACUUCAAAAACAGAUGCUUAUUUGUUAUUGAUUGCUCGAGACGAAGUGAAUCUUUUAAAUCUUCAACUGUUGAUGUGAAACUUGAGAUUGAAUCUAGAGUUGGUUUUCCCACCUCCACUAAAGCAUAUUGUAUAAUCGUGUACGACUGUGUGAUGGAGUAUUUGCCUCUAACUGAAACAGUUCGAAAGUUGACAUCGAUAUGAUCAGUAUGUAAUAUAGUGACGGGUUCAUUGACUAUAAGGAACUUGUAACAUAUUCAACAAGAUAUUGGUUGGCCUUGAUAUUGUUCAUCUGAAAGGGCUUCAAAAUAUAAGUUCUUAAUGAAUAUAUUGAAAUCUACCGUUACAAUGAUCAAUUUGGGGAAUGAGAUAUGUCCGAAAUUUGAAAUGGAAAAACCUGAAUGCAUUGCCCAUGCGGAUAAUAUGAGAAUCUGUACUAUAAAUAAUUGUGAGAAAUUGUAUACAUGGUUGUGUGACACUGCUAAUAGAUCAAAUGAUAAAUGGAUUGAUGUUUUUCAUAAUAAACAUAGAUUUCUAAAACUAAAAUGUUCAUCUAGACAUAUAAGAUUGAAUAAAGAGUAAUGUAUCAAGUUUA